UCUUUGCGUAGAAAGUGUGCGUCGUCAGGUGCUGAAUUCUCCUUUCCAAAGUGAAUGACAGAAGGACAACAUGGCCUGUUAGUUAUUUAGCGCGGGCCGAAGCGAAAAGGAUGGGCAUCUCUUUUCCAUGCACGAUAAAGUACCCACGUGUAGAAUGACGUCUCUUCAACUUUUGAACCGUCUUUGAGUCACAAUUUCACAAAGGGCAAAAGACUGACCAGUCUAGGCAGCUGAUAAGAGGAUGCAGAAGUUCCUCCACAUGAGAUCCGUGAGGCAGCAGGCCUCCGUCCUGCACCGCCUGCUCCAGGGGCCCGUGUCCCGGCCCCCUGCAACCCUCCGGCCCUGGAGGGGGGGCCCCGGCCCGGCCCCACCCAGGCUAACAUACUGCGCCCCCCGGUGUCUAUCCACCUCCACGGCAGCUUGGUCCUCCUCACAGCAGAAAGGCAGCACGGAGCAGCCUGAGAAGCAGCCUCCUCAGCAGCCUCCUCAGCAGCCACCGUCUACUCAGCAGCAGCCACAGCCUCCUGAGGAGGAGCAUGAGAUAGACCCUCUGCAGGACAAGUCCAUCGGCCUGGUGCAGCGCUUCAAGAAGACCUUCAAGCAGUACGGCAAGGUCAUGAUCCCCGUGCACCUACUCACCUCCUCUGUCUGGUUCGGCUCCUUCUACUACGCCGCCAUGCAUGGAGUGAAUGUAGUGCCAUUUCUGGAGUAUGUAGGCUUUCCUGACAAACUCGUCAAACUCCUUGAAAACUCUCAAAGUGGCUACGCUCUGACUGCAUACGCAAUGUACAAGAUCGCCACCCCGGCACGCUACACGGUGACCCUGGGCGGCACGUCGCUGUCGGUGAGGUACCUGCGCAAGCACGGCCACCUGUCCACGCCUCCACCCGUCAAGGAGUACAUCCAGGAGAAGAUGGAUGAGACCAGGGACAGGUUCUCGGAGAAGAUGGAGGAGACCAAGGAUCGAUUCUCCGAGAAGAUGGAGGAAACCAAGGACCGAUUCUCCGAGCUCAGAUUCUCCGAGCGAAUAGAGGAGACCAAGGACAAGAUCAACGAGAGACUGCAGGAGACCAAAGACAAGGUGGCUUUUCGCAAGAAAGCUGAGUAGGAGGACAUGUCUUUAUUGUUGUCGAUGUCCAACCGUACCUACUGGCCUUUGGAAGGCCCCCGUGGUAGUAGAUGAAAAAAAAAGAAUUAAUCACUGAAGGUGACGAUGGAACAUUGCACUAAAGACUGAAGGCCUUCCCCAAGCUAUCAAUACAGUAAUAGAACCACAUGAGACACACACACACACACACACACACACACACACACACACACACACACACACACACACACACACACACACACACACACACACACACACAAGCGCCCACAGUUUUCCACAGAUGCCGCUGCUCACUCGAGAAAGUUCGCUUUGAGAAAUCGCUACCAUGCAAGCGCUUCCGUGACAUCAUGCCCACCAGAACCACACCCACUCGAACCUGGCACCCCGUUGGGUCAUCCAUAGGAAGUGUUCUCAUUCUUAGCUGCGUCACUAGUCUGCUGUUGCGGUUAUGCACCGUUAGACGUGUUCAUUGAGGCCCUGGGAAUUAAAAAAUAGUGCUGAUAAAAGAAAGUGUUCAUAGAGUUUCAUGCACGUGAGAAGACACAAGUGCUAUUGUCAUUUUAGGUAUUUUUCUGAAAUUGCAGAGAACUAUUUUUUUUGUUUGAGAAUGAGUAAUGUUGUAUGGAAUGCAGAGAGUGGAGGGGGGUCUGCGUGGAUGCUGGUGUGUGUUGUUGACAAUGCCUAUUAUGAUGGUUACAUAUUGCACACUUUUUAGGCUUUGCCUGUAGAGUCAGGUUUUUUUUCUGGUGUGCUGUGACAGUCCAAAGUUUUAAGAAGUCAUUGAGUCAUCCUGUCAAUAUACGUAUGUAUCCUAUCCUUGUCUCAACAUCGAAAAUAUGCAUCUCAUCCAGACUAGAGUCAUUAUGCAUCAGAGUGAAAUUAUAAUAAUAAAAAUGUAGCCUAGGUAAAUGAUUUUGCAAAAGAAUUACAUAUCUUCUGUAAUGCCGUUGGAGAGAAAUGAUUUCUGCAGAAUAAAUAAUCAUAUAAGUUCAUAUACAAUUUCCAGAGUAUUUAAUUACAUGCUUAUAUUUUCUAGCCUGUCAACUUUCAUUUUCUGCUAACAGGCUUUAAUUUGUUGCCGCCCCAAAAUUGUUUACUUCUACGUUAACCAAACUUGUACUCUUGCUUGUCCUUCAAUGACAUUAAUGAAUUUUGUGUAAUUAGGGCUGAAUGGGGUUGUUCACAAAUGAGUUUCACCUCAUGGCAACCCCGGCCUUCAGAUUCUCCCACCCCCCCCAGCCUUGCUACCUUCUACGCCUUGUUUUUGUAUAAUCUUUGUUCGUCAUCUUGUCUCCUUUCACCGAUAAAUUAAUUAUUUAUUUUAGUCAGUUUUACCAUUUUAAUGACCCUCCCUUCCCUUCCCUCCUCCAUUCGCCGUCAGAUAACCUUACCUGUGACAGAGCAAAGGCCCCAAAUGUCGACAGUAAACCUUGAUGGUCAAUCUAGACUCUUGGGCCCUGAAAGUGUUUCCAGUCUACUUUUUCGUCCACAGAGGGUUUUUUUCUGUGAAGGUUCAAUGUGGUCUGUCCUGACUAAAUAAACAUCAACCGUGCACAAAAGCCA